UGGAUAGUUACUAACUCUCGCGAGAGCAUGUUUGUUUUCGUACUGGAGCAACGUGGUGACGAGAAGGUUGCCAUAGUUACAGAGAAUACUUACUUUCUUGCUGAUUUAUUUAUUUAAAGGUUUUUCCCUAAUGCAUCUAAUGGUAGCUAUGCAUGAGGUUUUAUAAGACAUUGGAGUUACUCUCGUUACAUUUUGCGGUGUAUAUUAAAGUAUCUGUUUAAAGUUACGUGUUUUUGGGGAGGGGCUAAAUUGGCGCAACUUACAACGCGGGAAUUUCAUUCAAAUAGUAAGACCGCCAAGAAACUGGAGGCAGCAGAAGCUUGAGGGAUUCUUAACCUUGCAGCAGUCUGCUGUAGUUCUGUCUCUUGGUUAGUAAAUAGUUUAGUCCGUAUAAAUGAGUGUAGGCCUACUAUCGGUUUUAAACUGUGAACACUUUGCCACCAUGCCCGUCCUAGAAGCCAAAGAUGCAUCAGCAAUUUCUCCAUCAAAGAGGGCAAGAACCGAGACUGCAGAAGAAAGACCUGUCCUCAAGUUUGCAAAACUUUCUGAGCAUGCCACCCGACCUACCAGAGGCUCAUCUAAAGCUGCAGGAUAUGAUCUCUACAGUGCUUAUGAUUACACCAUUGGUCCUAUGGAUAAAGCCAUCGUGAAGACAGACAUCCAGAUCGCAGUGCCACAUGGCUGCUAUGGGAGAGUGGCACCGAGGUCUGGACUUGCAGCAAAACACUUCAUUGAUGUUGGUGCUGGAGUUGUGGAUGAAGACUAUAGAGGAAAUGUGGGAGUUGUGCUCUUCAACUUCGGCAAGGACAAAUUUGAUAUAAAAAAGGGUGACCGAGUUGCUCAGUUGGUCUGUGAGAGGAUCUGCUACCCAGAUCUGGUGGAGCAAGAGAUGCUUGACGAGACGGCGCGUGGCGCUGGAGGUUUCGGAUCAACUGGAAGCAAUUGAAAGCUUCAAAUAAAAUUUGAAGAUAAAUUAAGUAGGUGCUAAUAAAGUUUUGUUUUUGUA